CGUGUUUAUAUAGGUUAGAUUAGACAAAAAUACAUUAAAAAUAUGUGUGUUAUUAUCUUCUAAUUCAUAAUUGUUAUUGUUAUAUUUUUAUACACAUGUUAUGGAUUUUGCUAGAAAACAGCUUGAAAAAUAUGGCUGGACCGAUGGAAAAGGUCUUGGGAAAAAGGAAAAUGGUAUAUCCGAACCGCUUAAACCCAAGUUAAAGCGAAGUGUGGCUGGUAUAGGAUACGAUGCUGCCGCGGACUUCACGGAACAUUGGUGGAGCGCCUUGUACGAUAAGGCAGCUAGCAAUUAUCAGGUUGAAGAGGAAAAUGGUAAAACAAAGAAAAUGAAAAGAUUAGAUGACAAAGAAUUUGAAAUCACAAACAGCACUUGGCGCUUAAAGAAGAAGAGCAAUGAUAAUGAUGUUGAGGAAUACUCGGAUUUCUUUGUAAAGAAAGCGGUAUUAGGUUCCGGGGGGUCAAAGACUACGAAAGUCAACGAUUCAGAUUCCGAUGAGGAGACCACUGUUAAAGAUGUCCAACUGACUGACGAAGAAUUAUUUGCGGCUUGCCAGGGCAGGACGGCUCAUAAAGGUGCCCGGCACGGACUCAGGGCAUUGGGUAAGUUAGCGAGAAUAGAACAGCAAGAGCAACUACUACUGCAACAAACCAAAUAUAAUACAUUCCUCGCUAAGAAACCUAAAUGUACUGACGACACACAAGUCGUUGAAGACACAAGUUUAAAUGAGGAUGUUAAUCUAACUAAGAAGAAAAAGAAGAAGAGAAAACGAUGUAAGAGCAACGAAAAUGAGUGUAUAGAUAAUGUUAUUUUAGGUGAUUCUGGUAAAGAAUCUAAUGAAAGGAUAGAACAUGGUAAAUGUGGUGAAGGAGAAGAUGCUGUAAAUACAGAGGAACUAGUUUUGAAAAAGAAAUCCAAGAAGUUGAAAAAGACAGAAACAAGUGAUGGUAUUGUUAAAGAUUCCCAUGAGAAAUUAUCUAAGAAAAAGCAUAAACUGAAGAAUAGUGCCUUAAAUGAAGAAGAAUCUGAAAUGGAUCCAGAAAUUAUAAAUGACAAUGUUAAAAGUACAAGUAAGAAGAAAAAGAAAAGCAAUAACUCUUAUUAGCAUAAUUGUAUUUUA